UUUAAUGUUUUCAUCUUAUCGGAAAUAAGUUCACUUGUAUUGUAUUAGGACAAUAUAUUUGAUUUAAAAAACACGUUUUAAAAUAAAACCGCUGAGUGAUUCGAAACAGAAGAGACAAGGAAAUGCUUUUUUCUCAGACAUGACGGCGCCAGGUCUUAACACAUUUACAGGAUAUGUGUAAACUACAGUUAACUACAUCCCAUUAGCUGCAAUCAUCGAGAACCAACUAGCUUUUACAACAGUUCUUUGCAUAUGCAAAUAUUUACAAGGGCAUUACUUAUAAGAGAAGACCCCGGAGAAACAGGCCUUAGAAGCUACUCACGCACCAGAACCCGCAAGACUUUUUCUCGAUCCUCGCCAAUUAAUCAUGGUAAAAAGUUUCUCUGUAGAGUGGCUCGCUCAAAGCGACCACAAUUGUAACCCUGAGCAAGAACAGAAAACCUUCGAACAAAAUACAGUAGCGGACAGGGAACUUCAUAUUCCAUGCUUGGCUCAGCCUCGACCACAUACAUCGUACACUACAAAAUGGUCACAGCCAAAAGGGAAGACUGUGAAAAAUGUUCUGCUUUCUGGGAUUGCGGAACAUCCAGAUGAUCAACGGGACUCUGAUCCAGUGUCUACAAACCUUUUGAGCAACCCCGUUUCUGUGAGCAUUUCAGAAAGAAACGGCGAUUCUUCCGGCUACGAGAGUGAGACUGCGUCCUCCGAAUGUCUUUCUCACGAAGAAGACACCGAAGGGGAAAGUGCUCGGCGGAGAAUCAGAACAAAGUUUACGUCGGAUCAGAUCUACAAACUUGAGAAAACCUUUAGUAAAGACAAAUACUUGGGUGCAACAGAGAGACUGAAAUUAGCAGCCAAACUAAACCUGUCUGAAAUUCAGGUAAAAACCUGGUUUCAGAACCGGAGAAUGAAGUUGAAGCGGGAGAUGCAGGACAUUCGUGCCGAGUUUUUCAGCCCUGUCCUGAUGAACCAGAUGGUGUUUCCUGCCGGUCUGUCCCUUCAGCACCACAACUUUCCUGGACAGCAAUUCUCUCUGAACCCAUUCGCCACAGCAACAUCUGCUUUCUACUCGUCUGUCUUACCGCAGGUGCCCGGGACACCCAUGGGAAUUCCACAGCCAGCACUCCACCAGAUGCAGAUGAUGGUUUCUCACUAUUAUUGAGGACUGCUAAAUAUACUGUACUGUCAGAAUAGUAACAUGAAUCUAGAUGUUUGUGACGUGAAGAGACGAGCAACAUUUGUUUUAUAUUUUUUAGAAAAUGUAUAUAAAUAAAUUAU